GUGCUCCUAUUCUCUUCUCCACUAAUUGUUUUCAGCACUCUCUAAUUUCAUUGUGUCUGGUGUUUUUAAUGAUUUACUUUAAAUUGUUAGGGUCACAGCUGAAGUGAAUAAUGCUAGGGACAUGAAUCAGAUGAUGAGUUAUUGGUUUAUUGUACCCACACAUAUCAAGAACCAUAUAAAAAGAUGUCCAAUGCAAGACUAGGAGGAAAUGAGCAUUUAUUGCAUUGCCUUCUUCGUCAGUGUUUUGACAUUUCCCAGUUCGUCUGCUGUUUCUCUAUGGUGUGCAGGGAUAAGAGGUUACUCAACACAGGCAAAUACAGGCAACAGCAAUGGCAAUUCUGUGGAUGACACUUUGUGCUGCGUUUAUGGUGACUGUCGUGAUGUCUAAACCUGUCCACCUAAGUGAGGGUGAGGAUACAUCAGAGUCAUCAGAGUCCACUGAGUCGAACUCAUCGGAGGAGAAUGCCUCCCAUGUCGAGCCUUCGCAGGAACCUCCUCAGCCAGCGAUUACAGAGACAGACAUACUUAAUGCUAUAGAGGAGACUGGCUCCCCAGGCACUGCAGCUCCCACUGCAAAGACAGCAGGGCCUUCUAUGGCCUCACUCGAUACUUCACCCCUCCCAGACCCUGAGGACCCUCAAACUUCCACAGACCCUUUACAUCUCACGCCAGAUGACCCUUCGCAAACUUCUCUGGGCAGAGACAUUUCUCAGGACAUGCCGUCUGAUGUUGCACAGGACUCAAUUAACGCCAACCCUGAGCAUGUUCUACCACAUACAGAGGUCUUAACACACCCCAGGCUCACAGAAAAUGAUAUAAUUAUAGGCACUGAUGGCACCAAUCAACUGCAGGUCACCACCACAUACCAAGAAUUUCCCCAGGGUGCCACUCCCUUCCCUCCACACAUCAUCAAACCUCCUCAGUUCUCAACAGCCCCGCCCCUGACAAUCCCCAUAGGAACCACCCUGACUGAAGUUCCUGUUUGUAUCACUUUCCAGUUUGCGACCCCUGAGCCUGAUCCACCUAGAGGAGAUAGCAUUUGACCCAGACAACGGAAACUGUUUCAGAUCUCACUUCAGGUUACGUGUCCAGUCCAUGUUAUUGUUGUACAUAUAGGUAGUGUCCUCUCCAUACACUCAUUUUACUUUUAUAUGUAAUGUUAUUAUAAUGGUGCUAGUGAACAUGAUGAGUAAACAGUCAAAAUGUAAAGCUGAAGUACUGCUGACCUGUAGAAUCGGCAGCAUGGCUAAA